AUGGCCUCCAAUGAAGUAUCAGGAAAUAACAGCGAGGAUCAAUGCCCUACCGUCGCGCGGAGCGGAUCAUCUAUUUAUGAAGUGCCCGAUGACUUACUCCAGACGGUUUUCCAAUAUCUGAGUGCGACUGACCUGUGUCACGUCACAUCAUGCAGCCGUUGGCUACGCGAUGUAACCAAUCAGGAUUCGCUCUGGCGUUCUCGUUGUCGAAGCAGAGGAUGGGAGCACUACGGCACCACCACGGAUCUGGCCAAGAUAGCCUCUUACAGACCUUCCAAACAAGCAGCUGAUGAUAGUGAAGUAGGAGAAGACAUUGUCAGCUUCCAGGAAGAUAGGAUCGUGACUGGUGACAACACAGCGGGUUUGACCAGCACUUGCAAAUGGAAAGGCGUCUACAUGAGAGCUUACCAUCUAGAUAGCAACUGGGUUACAAAACGGUUUCAUGGCAAUAAUAUUGAUUUGGUAAAGUUGCCUGACUUUCGUCAGGCAGCUUUUGUAGAUGGGGAUCUACUGGCAAUUGGUGUAAGUAAUUACAGUAUCUAUGUUUAUGAUAUUCGGAAAGGCAUCCUUCGGUGCCUUAUUAAUGUUUUGGAGAGGCAUCGCAGCUACACGAUCAAAGACGGCGUUAUGGUGGUGGCUUAUCGACAUAAGUUACGUACAUUCGAUGCAAAGUCUGGGCAUCAGCGAACAUUGAUAGAGGGAUGCCACCACAACCGUCGCUUACCAUUGCUCUUUGACGGUGAAUUGAUCCUUACAUGUCCAAAAGCUAACAGGCACAACGAUAUUUGCGUGUGGGAUAUCCAUGGAGUAAAACAACGAAUUCUCACAGAUGUUAUUAAGAAUCAUGACCCUAUUAGAAAUUGGGAUUAUCGGGACAAGAUGGUGGUGGCUGCCUACACUAAUGCCAACAUUCUCGUGUGGGAUGCGAGGAGCGGAGAGUGUUUGCAUAAACUAUCCUGCGGGAAAUCGCCACUCCUCAAACUCGUGGAUAAUGUUAUCGUUUGCCGUCAGCAUCAACGAAAGAAUAAAGCAACUCAAUUCAUAGAUGAAGGCGGUUAUCGAUGA